AUGGCACCUGAUAUCCAUUCAGCUGGGACUGGAACCCCCAGGAAAGAUGCCGCCGAGUCUAGCAGCGGAACUGGGACACCGCAUAGACAUCAUCGAGAUAGGAUAGGACCUUAUGUCGUAGACGGCGAGAUCGGUAGAGGAAGCUUUGCAACAGUGUUUAAAGGUCAUCGCUCAAAAUCCCGUGUACCAAUCGCCAUCAAAGCCGUGUCUCGACAAAAGCUCACGACAAAGCUAUUGGAGAAUCUAGAGAGCGAGAUCAAUAUCCUCAAAGCGAUCAAUCAUCGUAAUAUAGUAGGCAUGGAGGAUUGCUUCAAAUCCGACACCCACAUCUACCUCGUGAUGGAGUUUUGCUCCGGGUCAGACCUGUCCAUAUACAUCAAGAAUCGAGGUCGACUACCGACUUUGGAUUUCGUACCGCGAGGAGCUGGACCCAAUGCUGAAAAGAUCUUUUGGCCUCAUCCUGCUGCAGGUGGAAUCGACGAACGGGUCAUCAGGUGUUUCCUCGGUCAACUAGCUCUCGCCCUGCAAUUCCUCCGUUCGCAAGAUUUGGUGCAUCGAGACAUCAAGCCCCAGAAUCUCCUGAUGCAGCCUGCGACUCCGGAGGAGCUAGCGGAGGGACACCCGCUUGGCAUUCCUGUGCUCAAGGUCGCAGAUUUCGGGUUCGCCCGCAUAUUGCCCGCUGCCGCCAUGGCAGAGACCUUGUGUGGAUCCCCCCUUUACAUGGCACCCGAGAUUCUCAGAUAUGAGAAGUAUGACGCCAAGGCUGACUUGUGGUCCGUUGGCGCGGUCCUCUUUGAGAUGUCUGUUGGGCGACCACCCUUCCGGGCGAACAAUCAUGUCGAGCUCUUGCGUCGCAUCGAAAAGGGUGAAGAUAGGAUCAAGUUCCCUGACGAAUCCAGCAAGGCUCAGAACCCACCAGAAGGCGAAACUCCUCAGACUUCUCCAGUCCCUGACGAUAUCAAGGCGUUGAUUCGAGGUCUCUUGAAACGCCAACCGGCUAUGCGCAUGGGAUUCGAAGACUUUUUCGCCUGCGGCGUCUGGGAUGGGCACAUGACUGAAAGCAAGAUUACGGAAGAUGGAAGUGAAGGCAUGAGUUACGAUACGUCGACGGAAAGCUCUGCCUUAGCUGCAAGUGACCGAGUGCGAGAGAUGCUGGAGAGUGAACAAGCGGCUAUCGAUGCUCGUCCUGUACCCACCCACGCGCCUCAACCUUUGUCUACGGACAAGGCGAUGAACCCUCAGCCCGCACCCCGACCUCAGGCUCAGCCCCAAUCGGCGCAGCCUCCUCAGCAGAUCAGACCUCCCUUUGCUCAACUCGCGUCCGUCAGUAAUCAGAGACCCAGAGUCCCACGACAGACUGAACCAAAGUAUUACGUUAGCGAUGAACGAGGAGUUGAGAGGGAAACAGCGACUCCUGUGCCUACUCCGCCUACUUCCGCGUCACCCCUUCCCAUCAUCUCUGGCGUACCGGCCACUGGGCCGCCCAUUACGAAUCGACGCGUGUCUCCGCGUGAGAACCGGGAGAUCAGCUCUGUUGAAGACCCUCAACCGCUCACGCCGUCGUCCAACGUUGUCACCGCGCCGAUACCUCGCAGGGUUGUAGGCGAGGGAUCGCCCUUGGCUGCUACGCCUCCCAUCACGUUCGUCACGGGCAAGGAUGAGAGUGCAUUGGAAGGGGAAGACUCAGUGGUCGGCAGGGAAUAUGUAGUGGUGGAGAAAAGGACUGUGGAAGUGAAUGCGCUGGCUGAUGAGCUGGAUCGCGCUUCGAAAAAGCCCGAGGGGACUAUGAUCCGUCGCCAGAGCUCUCGCACAAGUAUCGUUACUCGACCAGUAUCAUCGUUCAAACCGAGCAGUACAUCGCCUCACGCCGCGCCGGUCCCGCUCUCGACUACACCUCAACAUGCUGCACUCACUCAUGUCUCUCAAUCCCCUCCUUUUUCCUUAUCCUCUACUCCGCCAUUCGCUGUCCCGCCCUUCGCGAGACAGCCGUCGGGACCACCCCAAGGCACCAUCAUAUCGCCAGCUAUAUCCCGAUCACCGUCUGUCAAUCACAGUCUACCCAGUUCGUCAUCCGCAAAUCACGGUAUCAGCUUUCCUCCAACGCAGCUGUUUGAACAAUCGCGAUAUGGUACAUCACCAUCAUCUCUCCAGACUGGCGCACUGGCUCGCGCGCUGACCAACACGGCUAUGCGUUUGAUCGGAACAUCAGCAAAUGCAGCUGGGAACGUGAUCGCUCGGGCUACCGCUUCGAAGCGUCGACCCACGAUCACUCGAACUGGGGACCUCGACGCGGAAGAAGAUGAUUUAUUGCGAUCCGUGGAAGAUUGUGCGCGGAAAGCUUUCGUCCUAUUCGAAUUGGCAGAUUCUCGCCUGUUGACGUGGCAGAGCUUGGCAAACCUCCCCAGUUCCUCAAGCUCUGCGAAACCUCGGCGUAAAUCAAGUAGCUCGUCAAUCAACUCUGAAGUGGCCGUCUUGCGUAAACAGGAGAUUGCAGCGGGCGAAGGGGUUGUCUUAUACUGCAAGGCUUUGACUUUCAUCGUCCAGGGUACGAACAGAAUCCAGCGAUAUUGGGAACGAAGAGCCAAGAAUGGAGCCUAUGAGACGAGUUCGGAACUGAACGAAAUGGUUCAAUGGCUUCGAGCGAGAUUCAACGAAUGUUAUGAAAAGGCUGAAUGGGCAAAAUCGAAGUGCGCCGAAGAACUUCCAUUUGUCGAUCGGCUCUCACACGACAAAUCGAGAGACAUGUCUCGACUCGCUGCUCAAGCUGAACUCAAUGGAGAUUUCGUCUCUGCUGAAAGUGGAUACGAAUCCAGUCUUUGGCUUCUCCAAGCUUUGGCGGAUAACCUCAUGUAUGACGAUGGGGAACAGUUGAGACCUGAAGAUCGUGCGUCGAUCGAGAAGCUAUCUGGUAUUAUCCGUGCGCGACUCGAAUCACUCAGGAAGAAAAUGGCCGAUGCGGGCGUCCCUUCGAGGACGUGA